AUGAGAAAGAUGAGACUGUUCCUUUAUUACUUCACACUACUGGGGUCCAGUUAUGUGACUUCAACUUAUGGACCCCAUCACAGGGCACAGAUGACUGGGGAUAUUAUACUUGGUGGUCUUUUCCCCAUUCAUUUUGGUGUUGCAUCUAAAGAUCAAGAUCUGGCAGCCCGACCAGAAUCAUCACAGUGUGUCAGGUUCAACUUUCGUGGUUUUCGUUGGCUCCAGGCCAUGAUUUUUGCAAUUGAUGAGAUCAACAACAGCAGCACAUUGCUGCCCAAUAUCACUUUGGGUUACAGGAUAUUUGACACAUGCAACACAGUGUCAAAAGCCUUGGAAGCGACUCUUAGUUUUGUGGCUCAAAAUAAGAUUGACUCCCUGAAUUUAGAUGAGUUUUGUAACUGCACUGAGCACAUUCCAUCAACCAUUGCAGUCGUAGGCGCUGCUGGAUCCGCAGUCUCCACAGCAGUUGCAAACCUUUUGGGUCUAUUUUAUAUCCCUCAGAUCAGCUAUGCUUCCUCUAGUCGCCUCCUGAGCAACAAGAAUCAGUACAAGUCUUUCAUGAGAACCAUUCCUACAGACGAAUACCAGGCCACAGCCAUGGCAGACAUCAUUGAGUACUUCCAGUGGAACUGGGUCAUUGCUGUCGCCUCAGAUGACGACUAUGGACGCCCGGGAAUUGAAAAGUUCGAGAAGGAGAUGGAAGAGCGAGACAUCUGCAUUCACCUGAAUGAACUGAUUUCUCAGUAUUUUGAGGAUCAUGAAAUUAAAGCUCUGGCUGACAGAAUCGAGAACUCCACUGCUCAAGUAAUUGUUGUGUUUGCCAGUGGCCCAGAUAUUGAGCCCCUCAUUAAAGAGAUGGCCUGGAGAAACAUCACAGAUCGUGUCUGGCUAGCCAGUGAGGCGUGGGCAAGCUCCUCCCUUAUUGCUAAACCGGAAUACUUAGAUGUUGUAGCAGGGACUAUUGGCUUUGCUCUUAAGGCAGGACACAUACCUAGCUUCAGAGAGUUUCUACAGCAGGUUCACCCAAAGAAAGACAGUCAUAAUGAAUUUGUCAGAGAAUUUUGGGAAGAAACCUUCAACUGUUAUCUGGAAGACAGUCCACGGCUCCAAGAAAGUGAGAAUGGCAGUACCAGUUUCAGACCAUUGUGUACUGGUGAGGAAGACAUCACAAGUACUGAGACCCCGUACCUGGACUACACACAUCUCCGCAUCUCCUAUAACGCUUAUGUUGCAGUUUAUUCAAUCGCACAAGCUUUGCAGGACAUACUCACCUGCACACCUGGACAGGGACUUUUUGCAAACAAUUCCUGUGCAGAUAUCAAGAAAAUGGAAGCCUGGCAGGUGCUUAAGCAACUCAGGCAUUUGAACUACAGCAACAGUAUGGGCGAAAAGAUGAGAUUUGAUGAAAAUGCAGACCUGGCAGCGAACUACACCAUUAUCAACUGGCACAGAUCCACUGAGGAUUGCUCUGUGGUUUUUAAGGAGGUUGGAUACUACAAUAUGCAUGUCAAGAAAGGAGCCAAGCUUUACAUUGACAAGAUGAAGAUUCUCUGGAAUGGAUAUAGUUCAGAGGUUCCAUUCUCUAACUGCAGUGAAGACUGUGAACCUGGUACAAGGAAGGGGAUCAUUGAUAGUAUGCCCACAUGCUGUUUUGAAUGCACAGAGUGUUCAGAUGGAGAAUACAGUAAUCAUAAAGAUGCCAGCGUAUGCAACAAGUGUCCAAAUAACUCCUGGUCGAAUGGUAACCACACAUUCUGUUUCCUGAAGGAAAUAGAGUUUCUCUCCUGGACCGAGCCAUUUGGAAUAGCGUUAGCCAUAUGUGCUGUGCUGGGUGUUCUCUUUACAGCCUUUGUGAUGGGAGUCUUUGUCAGAUUUCGCAACACCCCAAUAGUUAAGGCCACAAACCGAGAACUGUCCUACGUGCUUUUGUUCUCACUCAUCUGCUGUUUCUCCAGCUCUCUCAUUUUUAUAGGAGAGCCACGGGACUGGACAUGCCGCUUACGUCAACCUGCCUUUGGAAUUAGUUUUGUUCUUUGUAUCUCUUGCAUCCUUGUGAAAACUAACAGAGUACUUUUGGUAUUUGAGGCCAAGAUCCCUACAAGUCUCCAUCGUAAAUGGUGGGGAUUAAACCUGCAGUUCCUUCUGGUGUUUUUGUGCACAUUUGUCCAAGUCAUGAUAUGUGUGGUCUGGCUUUACAAUGCCCCUCCCUCUAGCUACAGGAAUCACGACAUUGAUGAGAUCAUUUUUAUCACAUGCAAUGAGGGCUCUGUGAUGGCUCUCGGGUUUCUUAUUGGCUAUACAUGCCUCUUGGCGGCUGUUUGUUUCUUCUUUGCAUUUAAAUCACGGAAACUUCCCGAAAACUUUACAGAGGCGAAGUUCAUCACUUUUAGCAUGCUUAUAUUCUUCAUUGUUUGGAUCUCUUUUAUCCCUGCAUACUUUAGCACGUAUGGCAAGUUUGUUUCUGCUGUGGAGGUUAUUGCUAUACUUGCAUCAAGCUUUGGCAUGCUGGCCUGUAUUUUCUUCAACAAAGUCUACAUCAUCCUCUUCAAACCCUCAAGGAACACCAUUGAAGAGGUUCGAUGCAGCACUGCAGCCCAUGCUUUCAAAGUGGCAGCUAAAGCUACGCUGAAACACAACACAUCGUCAAGGAAAACGUCUGGUAGCAUUAAUGGCUCUUCUGCUUCAACUCCAUCCUCAUCUAUCAGCUUCAAGACCAAUGACGACAACUGUGACCCAACUUCAAGAAGGCAUGGGCCAAGGGUGAGCUUUGGCAGUGGAACAGUUACUCUGUCAUUAAGCUUUGAAGAGUCUAGGAGGAGUUCUCUGAUGUAA